GACCGAGGGGAGGAGCGGGGGCCGCCGCGACCGCUGCUCGGUAACCAGCCGCCGCCGCCGCCAUGUCGAGCAGCGGGGGCGCCGCCGCCGCCGCCGCCACCCCCCCGGCAGUCUCCCCCCCUGCCCAGCCGCCCCCGCCGCCUCCUCCCCCGCCGCCUCCGCCGCCCCCUCAGCCCCAGCCGCCCCCGCCGCCGCCCGGCACCUCGCCCGGACCCCCCGCCGCCGCCGCCGAGCCGGAGCUGGUCUCGCUCAUUCUCAGCCGCCUCAAGAGCCAGGGCCUCUUCGACCAGUUCCGCCGCGACUGCCUGGCCGACGUCGACACCAAGCCUGCUUACCAGAAUUUACGGCAGCGGGUUGACAACUUUGUUUCCAACCAUCUAGCAACUCACACAUGGAGCCCUCACCUGAACAAGAACCAGCUGCGGAAUAAUAUCAGACAACAGGUUCUCAAGUCUGGGAUGUUGGAAUCUGGGAUUGACCGAAUCAUUUCUCAAGUUGUGGAUCCAAAGAUCAACCACAUCUUCAGGCCACAGGUUGAAAAAGCUGUCCACGAGUUCUUAGCCACGUUAAAUCAUAAAGAGGAAACCAGUCCUAGCACAGCACAGCCUGAGGAGAAACCAGAUGCUUCUCUUGCCACACAAGGUGUUUCUGCUGCCACCCCCAAUGCAAGCGUGGCCAGCGAUGCCAUGUCUAUUUUGGAAACAAUCACUUCUCUCAACCAAGAGGCCAGUGCCGCCAGGGCUUCCACCGAGAUAAUGAAUUCCAAGGCUCCUGACAGAACCUCAAGAAAACUCUCAUCUCAGCAGAGUGUAGACGGUGGGAUUGAGCGAGAGCGAAAUUCAGAAGAUUUGCUGGAUGGGGAGAAACUGUGCAACUCUGCCGAAGAAAGUGCUGACAUAGUAACCAAUGGGGAAGAGGUAAAUAGCUUCUCUUCAGCUGAAGAAGGAAAAAUUGUGCCAAAAGAAGUGCCUGGUUUGAUUAACCCAAGCAAGGAUGUUGUGCAGGAAGGGGAAGAGCCGAAGAGCAGACUGGCAGACAGGAAGCCAGAGAGCUCCGAGAAAGGAGAGAGAAAGAAAGAGAAAAAGGAGAAACUGGACAAGAAGUCAGACCACUUGAAAAAGAACGAUGACAUUCUGAAAACGAGAGAAGAAAAGGCAGCAAAAGAGACAGAACUGAGCAAACAUUCAACUGGGGAAAAGAACAGCAGUAAACACAGAGCCACCGAGAGUACAAAAGACCUAUUGGAAGAUUCUGAUACGGAGAUACUCAGUGAUAUCACAGUGAGCUCGGUGCACACCAGUGACCUGUCUUCCUUUGAAGAAGAGAGCGAAGAAGAGCUUGUGCUUUCUGACAGCACAGAAGAAGGAGAGAUUGUUUCUGAUGAUGAAGAAGAGGAACACGAUCAAAUUAAAACAAGACCAGAGACUGGUGAUCCCAGUGAUAAAAAAACAAAAUCUGGGCGACACUCUUACGUCCACAAGCCUUAUCUUUACUCCAAAUACUAUAGUGAUUCUGACGAUGAGCGGACUGUGGAGCAACGCCGCCAAUCUGUUGCUAAAGAGAAGGAAGAGAGGCUUUUAAGAAGACAGCUUAACAGAGAGAAACUGGAAGAAAGGCGGAAGCAGAAAGCUGCAGAAAAAACAAGAACUCUGAAAACAGGAAACCAAGGUAAAAGCAGUCAAAAUGUGGAAGAGUCUUUGAGCAGAGGCCUUGAUUUAAAAGCCGGUGGUGCCAGCAUUAAAGAUGUACUGAAAGAAAAGAGGUUUUUAGAAAAGAAGGUGGCACUAAGCAGGAAAAGGAGGAGGGAGUCAAGACAUAAUGAUGAAGGUGGGAAGAAGAAAUAUGAACAGCCGGAGGAAGAUAUCAAAGAACCCCAAAAAACAAAUGAAAGUGGAGAAAAGCUAUCCUCAAAGGAAGCGAAGGCGACUCCAGGCAAAACUGAAACGCAUAAACUCGUUCGAAGACUUUCAGAGUCCGUUCACGCCACUGAAGAAAGCCGAAAUGAUAUCAAAGUGGAGAGAGAGCACAAAAGGAAAACUUCUACCAGUCUUCAACUGGACGGUGCCCAACAUGACACAGAAGUCAAGGAUCCGAAGCCUCACAGUGACAGGGCAGAGGCCAACCAGGAGGAAUUUCAGAAGCAGAAAAAUAUACUCAAAAAUGAAAAACAUAUUAAAAAGGAAGAUUCGGAACCACCAAAUUCCAAAAGUGCACUCAAGAAAGAUAUUAGGUUGUCAAAAGAGAAAAAUGAAAAAGAAAGGACUGUUUCUGAAGACAAACCGUUAACAAAACAUAAAUAUAAGGGAGAUGGUAUUCAUAGAACAGGUGAGGAGGCAGAAAAUCUGUCGUCUGAGAAAAGUCUCAAAGGCGAGGAGAGUGUUCAGAAACAUAAUCAGCUGACCAAAACUCUGUCAGGUGAACAGAAGAAUAAGCACAGAAGUGAAAGGAAAGCAUCGGCAAGCAGCAAAGAAGUAAAAAAUGUUUCGGAGCCUGCUUCCAAAAAUGAAGAAGGUUCACAUAAAGAGAAUAACAGGAAAUAUAGACAUAUUUCUACAGAAAAAUCAAGAGGAGAACACAAGUGCAAAAAGUCUUCAAGUGAUUCUAGGCCUCAGAAGGAGUCGCAGAGUGCAUCAAAGACACACAGUUCUGCAACAUCAAGGAGAAGUGGAAGUUGUUUAGAAGAUAAGGAUCGACAUGAUACAGCAUCCGUUAAUCUAGAUAGUGCUUUAAGACAAGGUGAUAGUGUUCACAAAGACAGGCGAAAAUCAAAAAGUAUCUUAGAAGAAAGGCUGUCGAUGAAGUCUAAAUUCAAGAGUCAUAGCAAACAAGCCAAAAAACCAGAAAGUGAAUUGCCAGAAAGUUCUUCCAAGCAUGAAUCUGGGCAGAAAUCAGAAAAAGAAAAGAAUGCAGAAGAAAUUGAUUUAGAUAAGCAUUAUAAGGUCAAAGAGAGGUAAAGAGUAAAAGAGUUUUAAGGAAAGGGGACAGUUCUAUGGAAUUGGAAGUCACAAAGAAAUUGAGUGUGCCUAAUCGUGCUUAGCAGUUCACAAAAAGAUUCUGGUCACAGGGUUAAGCUGCAGUUGGCGGAAAAACUGUCUACAAAAGAGAAAACGAAAAGCGAAAGGGAUUCCAGCAGUUCCAGGCUGGAAAGAAAGUUGUCCACAGAAGGUCACAAAACCAAAAGUUUGAAGCAUAGUAGUAAGGAAAUUAGAAAGCGAGAUGAAGAAAACAAGGCCGAAGACAGAGGUGUAAAACAGACAGUCGGUCAUGCCAGGGUGCCAGAAAACAGUCAGCUGGCCGAUAAAAAAGCUAGCAAAAGGUUUGCAGGGGAAAACAGAAAAGGCAUUUUGUCUUCCCAAGACACGGAUAUGGGAGAAGAAAAAACACCGGCAGUUAGAUCUGCAGGCAUCUCUUUCCCGGUUUCUCAGAAUGUGGUCUGUGACACGUUACAUUCUGAACAAAGCCAAGAAUCAACGGACACUGAAUUGCAACGAACGCUCAGUGAAUCAUGUCAUCAGACGUCUCCAGCAGAAGAAAAAAGCAGUCAUGAUUCCCAAGAGACUAAAUUUAAAAAUACAGCCAAAGAACAAACACAUCAUAACUCAGUGUACGUAUGUAAUAAAUCAGAAAAUUCCAAAGAAAGAACAUCUGGACUUUCCCUUUCAAGUCACAUUAACUCAGAGCAAAAAGAUAAAAAUGCUUCCAAAAAGGAAGAGGGCGAACCAAGGGAUAGAAAUGAUCAUGCUCUGAACAGUGUGGGACCUAUUAAGCGGGAUCCAUAUCAUGUGAUUGCUUGUGAGACGAGUGAUCAGAUCUCACUUUCUUCUCACAAGGACAAGGAAAAGUUAAACAUCCAAGGGACGUCUGAGGAUCUUGCAGCACUGAACACUUCUAAAAAUAUAGUUGAUCCACUAAUGAGAUCCUCAAGAGAGGAGGCUAACAACCUUGCAGAAAUCACAAACCCCUUGGUUAGAGUAUCUAUGGAGGAAUCUUUAAAUUUAGAUACACCUUCUGCUGUUUCUGACAAUAAAACAGAGGAUGCUGUUAAAAUAGAACAACAUGGUGCUGUUACACAUGCCAGUAAUGUGGAUGGAGGCACAGUAAAUGACAUCCCCAUGAAUAGCAAAGGCGAAGCUUCUUCUUUAAGUGGCGAGCAAGCAGUUGAAGAGAAUGCAAACAUUCAGGAGAGCGUUGUGCAAGGAAGCACCAGAAGUGUGACACAGAACAACCGCCUGACUGACCUGAUGAUCAUUGGUGGGUGUAUACAUACAGAUGAAUCUGAGCCAGCCAUCUUGGAGAAAGCUGAAAGAGAGAAUCCAAGUGAAGGUUCUUCUGGAAAAGAAGACACGCCUGCUACAGAAUGCAAAGACCAAACAGAGGAGCAGGGCAGUGCUGGCGCCGUAACAGAAUCCUCCUCGGGAAAGAACAUUGCAAAAGGAGGGGGUGCCAACGCAGGAGGAUUCGCUGAUGAUAAAAACGAAACCAAUGUAGUAGGCAGCAGCGUAGGGGGAGGAAGUUAUGACACUAGCCACAGUAUGGAGACUUCUGAUGCAACCAUGAUAGGAACUAGCACAGAGAGAAGUACCGGAAGCUUGGUGACAGCCACUAGUAUGGGAGAGAGCCGAGGUGAAGGGAGCUCAUCUGUAAAUUUGCAAAGGGAAGGCGACGCCGUUAUUUCUUGUUCCGAGGAAAAAGGGAAGGCGACUUUGAUCUGUACAAGCAUAGAAGCAGAUGAAGGUUUCCAUGGGGGGGUCUGGGCCGAAAACAAGCAGGGGCCCCGUUUUGUAACCGAAAAGGACUAUGGCGAAUGUACCGUCACCGCCGCUGAAGAAAGUGGCGCUGGCGUUACGGAAGGGCUUGCGGCCUGUGAAAGUUCCUCAACUAGCACGAAGGAGGAAGACGGGGACGAGUGCACUGCAAAUUACGCUGAAGAAAGCGGUCAACAGUUGAGCAACAAUGGCGGCAUGGGACUCCAGCAAAACCUGGAUAACGUUGAAACCGAAGAGAAAGACGAUGCCGUGACCAGCGCAGGGUCUGAAGGAAGAUGCACGGCAUCCGCCUCUCGCGGUACAAGCCGUUUUGACAGUGCCACUACCUGUGUUAGUGAGGUAGAAGGAGACGGCGCCGUGACCAGUGCAGGCACUGCUGAUCGGAAUGGCUCUCUGCAUGGUGAAAGUCCAGAUGAAUUUCAAACAACUGCAGGUGGGACCGGACAAGUUAAAGCAGUGGAAGGUGCCGUGACUUGUACCGGUGCAGCAAGAGGAGGUCUCGGCUUUGCUAUCUGCUCUGUCACUGGUACAGACUCUCCAGGAGACAACGCUGUGACUGAAGCGUGCGCCAGAUUGGAGGCCAGUAAUACCGUGACUGGCACCCAUGCCGACAAGAGCGAGGACGUCGUGUAUGGCGAAAGUGCCGUCACCAGCACCGGCAUAACAGCAGAAGAUGACCCUGAAGCUGCAGCUGCUUGUCCUGGCUUGGAGGACAGCAACGAAGGUUUCUCCGUUUCUUUAAGCAUGCAAGAAAAAUACGAGCAGGCUACAGACAGCACCGAAGCCGCAGCCGAAACAAACGUCACGGAGGUUAGCCGAGGUUCCUGCGACGACGAAGGGUUUGUGACCAGCACCGGGGCAAAGGAAGACGACGAAGAAGGUGAAGACUUUGUUACCAGCACCGGAAGAGGUAACGAAGAACUGGAUCAUGCCUCGGCCUUCACAGGAACCGAAGCGGCUGAAAGGUCCUCACUUUGUGUCGGAGAUGCAGAAAGUGGAAACUCCUCCAUCUGCCGAGCUACAAGCCAGCUUGGGACAGAGCUGGGGAUGCUGGCCACCGACGCUGGUAAAGGCACGGUGGACAGCCUGACUAGUUUCGGAGAAGAAACCAAAGGGGGCAGCGGCAACCACAGCACCAAGGGAAUUGUUGAAAGUAGCACCACCACUGUCGGCUCGGGCAAUGAAAAUGUUAUGGGCUUCAUCAUAGAGAAAGAGGAAACAUCUGCAAAUACAGAGAAGUAUGAAAUUGGCACAAUCAGUGAAACUUUGGAACAAAGUACAGGCCCGCCUUCUGCUACAGAAGAGAAGAAUGAGGACGCCACGUCUUAUUUAGACAAUAAGAAAUGUGACGGCCUGGCCUUUAGAAUGGAAGAAGCUGUCCCUUCGGCUUCUGAAGACGAUGAAGUUGAAGCAGAGACCAUCUCUACAAGUGUUGUCAAAGUAUGUCCUUUGCCUCCACGUUGUUCUUCCGAGCACACGGAGCAAGCCUCUGCAGAAAACUCUGACCAGACCACAAGAAUAAGUGGAGAAGAAUUUGAGGCCCCGAUGCCGAGCACAGCUGUCGACCGUUGUCUGAGUCAAGGUGGAGCUAUUACGCCAAGUAAAGUUUCCACGAGUGUGUUGGAAGAAUUUGAAGCCCCGAUGCCUAGUGCAACCGUGGAAGCAAGAGGGAGUCAGUUUGCUACUGGGCGAGCCGUAGAAAUGACCUCCACCAAUGUGGAAGUGCACGCGGUUCCUGCACCCAGCGCAUCCAGGGGAGAAGCGAACAAAAGCUGCACAGCAGACCAGAGCCAGGAGGAAAGAGAUGAGUGCACUGUAAUUUCCACAAGCAUUAAUGAAGAGCUGGAGGUUCCUCUUUCUCACACAGACACAGAAGACUUGAUUCCACCCUUUGCCUUCGGUUUGGAACACCCUGCCCACACGGCCGUGAUCUCAACAAGUUCCGCAGAACAUUUGGAACUCUCUUUGUCUCCUGCAGCCACCCAAGAACUGAAUUCAGUUUCCGAUUCAAGGACUGAAAGAAGGCUGGAGUCCUUCAGCAUUUCCACAAGUGCAGCAGAAGGAGCGCUGAUGCUGGCAAAAGUUGGAGAAAAAGGGGAUAGUACCAUAGUCUGUUCAGACGCAACAGAAGAAGGCAAAGCUGUUCAGUCCAGCGAUGCCACUGGCCAGGAAUCUGAACUGGCUGUUCAAAGCACCUCCAGAAUCACCCACGGUGCUACAGUUUUUGUUGAAGAGGAGACAAAAUGUGAUGCCCCUGGACAAAAUGUUGCCGUCGUAAAACAUGAUCCGCAGUUGGUUGCCUUGAGUAUAGAGAAUCCAGAGGUCGUUGCAACAGUUGCUGCCAGAGUGGUGGAAGAAUGCGACAGUGCCUCCAACAUCCCUGCCUUAGAGGAGACUCCACUUGCUCCUGAAAGCAUAGAAGUGGAUGAGGAGAGGAGCGUUGCGUGCGCUGAAGCCAGUGACCAUUCCGUCUCUUCAGCCCCAGAAGAAAGCAAGGAUGUUUCAGCUGUGCUUUGUGAAGGAAGUCUGAAUUUCUCCCAGGAGGAACCCGAGGUUGCUUUGACGGGUGAAUCGGCAGCAUUUGAGACCACAGAGGACACCAAAAAAUCUGAAACAAUUGCAAAUAUAGAGAAAUCCUCUAGCGGAGAAGAUCUCCUUACAGAAAUAUGCUUGGAUGACAGUCCAUCUGCUGAAAUCUCAGUGCUCGUCCAAGAGGGUGUGCUGCGUAAUGAAGUCACCUCAAGCCCUUGUGAUCUCCGGACGGAACAAGAAACAGGAGAUAAUAAACGAGUGACAGACAAUAUUAAUCAUGAUUCAGUAUUAAAAACUGACCUUUCUGGGAAAAGGGACUUCCCCAAGGGGGAAUAUUUGACACCUUUACUUUAUGAACCAGGGAGUGAUUCUGAGAACGGAGCUCUCACCGGAGAAAUGGAACUGUGCGCGCCCCGUCGUUCAGCUGACGUUGAAGCCCAAGUGGGAGAUGAUUGUGACGUGGAAACUGCUUUUCAAGAAAGUAUAGAACAGCAUUCUGACAAUGAAGAAGUUCUUCCUGUUGUGCCUGAAGAGCAGGAACUACAGUCUCAAUUGAUGGCUGAUGAGGAGCGUCCAUGCAAGAGCCCGAUGAAAGAAAAUCAGCAGGAAGAGAAUCAUAAAGCACCUGACGCUUCAGAUUCCAUCAUUGUAACAGAAGCAAUGAAAGUCCAGUUUCCUGAGGAAAAGUCGCUUGAGUUACAGGUAGAAAUAUCUGGUCAGGAGGAAGAAACACGAGACCGCCUUCCAGCUACGGGACAGGGAGAUUCAGAUGGUAGCUCAGAGCCUCAGACGUUGGAAGAGAAAGCUGAAGCGAGCCAGAGUAUCGAAGCCGAGCAGCCAGCUGAGGCAGCUUGUGAGGAAGCCAUAACUUCACGGUCGCAGCCCACCAAGCGUAAAAGGGAAGGCAGUCCCCCAGGGUCGCUGAAGAAGGGUCACCUGCGGACCGAGGAGGCGGCGGCCAAGAAGGCAAAGCGGUAG